CUUCAUGCAAACCUCUGCGAGGUACGCGUUGAUAGUGACUACGGUUACGGGUUUUUAGAUGGGACAGAGGAACGGAAGGAAGAUCUCAUUGAGCAAUUCACAACAUUGAAUUCUUCAUGUUUUGUGCGCUCCACAACAGAGGUCAAGGAAAGGUCGCGGAGAUCAUCCGAAAAUGGUAUUUUCAAUCUUCUUUACUUUUUCUUUUGAGCAUUUUAGGUUUGCAAUUUUCGGGAAAAGGAAAACGAUUGCGCAAAACAGAGGACGAAUACAGUCAAGGCAGGCCAUGCCAGGGUUUUCAUGUUUAUAUUACAAAACAACUUGACCUUUCGCUGCCUUUUGUUUGUUAAAGGCGGAAAUAUGCUAGUCAUUUAUGGAGCCCAGAUGCGACGUCCAUAAUUUAAUGAAGAAAUGAAAGCGAAAUAUUAUGUCGCAACAGUUCAAUAAAAUUUAGCUAUCAAGUGGCCAGGAUUUUAAUUUCGGUAAUUAUCCGAAGGCAUCUACAGCAUCCGUUCCACACGUGCGUUGACAGACUAUUGCACAACUUCCACCGGUGAGAAAAUGAGUACGAAGAAAUGCUAAAUCAUCGUCGUAAAAGUCAACAAUCAUUCACGGUUGUCAAGAUUUAGCGACUAUUUAAUAAAGCGUUUUUCGUAGUCUAGACAUGAUCACAUUUUUCUUUAACCUCGGCCCGAAAGGUUUUCAACAGUUUACACGGGUUUGGAAGAAAAGACAAGGCGCUGUGAAAAACAUGCGCGCGUGGACCGGAUCUGUUUUGUUUGCACUCUUUUUUCUUUGUUUUUGAAAAACAAAGAAAGCAGCCCAAAAUUAUGAAAGCUUGAGUCUCCAGAAAUCUUUAAUUUACCAAAAUAAAGUUCCAAGAAUGACACGAGGGUAGAAACAUAAAACAGUUGAUGUCUGGGGUGUAAAUUAUUAUACGAAGGUAAAUAAAGAUCUAUAGUGUUAAAAAUACAUUUGAAAUAAUGAAAAAGAUAUCGCGUUUUCAGGAUUCAUUACACAUAAAAUAAAACACAAGGGAUAAUUUCCUAACAUACUUGGAAAACAACGGGCUCUGGGGUCUGUGGUUAACAUAAAAAGAAAACUUAAUAAAUUUCGUUUCGACAGCCUCUUUAUAAAAUACUCCAGUCGCAAGUGCCGGAAAUCUCAGUUGGAAAACAAAAUCAUCUUUUUUGCUUUGCGGAAAGUUUUUCAAUAUUUCAAUAAUCGCGCUAUGUAACAGCUUUGUAAAAUCUCUCUUUAUGAUGUCGGUCGUUUCGUCUUUUUUUAGUACAACCCAUGUUUGAGCAAAAGUCUGGCAACCUUCCUAUUGCCUGUCUGGCCCACCCAUUCUCAAUGGUAACCGUGGAAACAAGACAUUGCCUGCAUGGACCAAAGGCGGUAAGGAUACUAUUGACACGGUUUGCUACGACAUUUUCAAAAACGUGGCAUAGAGUGCUUAGAACCUUAUCAUUACUUUCUGUUUCUCUAUGAAAAUAUAGGAUUCUCGAGGUGGAAAGAAACAGAAACCUCAAAAUACCUCCGGACACGAUUACUUAGCCAGCUCCGGAGGUUACAUUAAAGUUCAAGGAUCAAGAAAACUCGACUGCCCAGCAAGUCUGCAAGUGCGAGCUAUACAGCUGUACACUGAUUAUACUUUAGAACCUGAAGAGUGCUCGUCAAAGAGAGGUCUACGGAAGGCAAAAGCCGGGAUUCUCAAGCAAUUAAAGGAUGACAAGCAGACGGGAAAGCGCCUAAGAACGACGACAAGAUUCUAUUUCAGGCUUCCCCUUAGUACAGCACACAAGAUACAUCCUGUCGGUGAGGCCGCCACAAUAGGUCACUCCAUCCAUCCGAAAAUCGCAAGCAAGAUCCGCGAGCUGGUUAGUGAAAAUAUAACUAGUCCAGAUGUGGUACGGAAAUGCUUGGAGCAGUACGUCGACAAAGAAAUGUUUGGAAGUCAUGAAGGUCAUCAGAAACCCCGAAAGUCGAACCGACGGUAUUACCCCAGUCGCCAGGAUUUGCGAAGUCAUAUCGCUCGAGCAAUCAGCGCCAGAAAAUACUGCGGUGAUGACCAAGAGUCACUAAAGCGCAAAAUUGAGCAAUGGAGGCGUGACUCCCUAUCAUCCAAGUUCUACUUCAGGACAAGGGACGAGGUCAAGGAUGGCGACGAGACAAAGUUUUUGUUCGUACACCAAGAAGAAUGGCAGCGGAGGCUUCUCCUCAGGUAGGGCAGUGACCUUGUACUUAUGGAUGCCACCUACAAAACGACUAAGUAUGCGAUCCCUUUGUUUUUCGUGUGUCCACACCAAUGUGGGUUAUAAGGUUGUAGCCGAAUUUCUCUGCCAGAACGAGGACAAUGAAUGCAUCGCGGAAGCCCUUAAUAUCAUCAAAAGCUGGAAUCCUACGUGGAAACCAAAGUAUUUCAUGGCGGAAAUAAAUGCUAUCGAAAGCGAAUUCCCAGAUGUUGCGGUAUACAUAUGCGAUUUUCCCCUCGAGCAGGCGUGGCAGAGAUGGGUCAAAGUCGGCAAAAAUGGACUGACCGUAGGGGAACAAAAGAUGUUUCUAGAACUGAUGCAAGUAAUUGCUCGUGCUCGUUCGGAGACGUCCUACAAGAAGGUCGUGGAAAGCCUGAGAAAGUCGACGUUGUACUUGGGAAAUCCCAAAGUACAAGAAUACUGCGAGAAGGUGUGGUUGGACUGUUCCGAUCGUUGGGCUCAUGCAUUUCGUGUUCAACAGGCCGUCAACAUCGUGAAUACCAACAAUGGAAUUGAAGCGCAGAAUAAGUUGUUCAAAUACAGGUAUUUGCCUGGAUCACUCGACAAAUCAGUUUUUGGAAUAGUGGUGAUGAUCGUGGAGUCGUUUAUCCCUGAUUCCUACCAACACUACCUGGACACCAACCUUCAGCUGAGUGGUUCUUAUCGUGAAUUCAAGCGCGAUAUACCUGACUAUCUUCACAACCGUCCUCCUCAUUUCGUCAAACACUGCCUCAGGAGUAACUUUGGGGCUGCUGAGUUUGCCGAACAUGACGUGAAAUGUGUCAAUUUAGAAAAGGGUGAAUUUCUCGUCAAAAGCAGUUCGAACAGUACGAAGCUGUUUGCUGUCAAGCUGUUGGAGCCAAGCUGCAAAUGUGAAAGCUGGCGUAAAACGCAUUUCCCUUGUAGACACAUUUUUUGCUGUUUUCAACUUCUUUGACGAGUGGAGCUUUAACAGCUUACCGCAUUCUUACAAAAAUAGCGUCUUCAUAACUCUGGACACCGUGCAUUUUGAUCAAGCCGAUCCUGACGAACAACCAACCUCGGAACCGAGUUCAACGGACGAGGGAAAUGACUAUUACAGUCAAGUAUGCGGUGCAGAAACAACAGUCCCCACCUCAUCUUCCGAUGAAUAUGAUGCACCUGCUCAAUCCAGUGGCACUUCUUCCCGGCCAAAAAUCAAUGACAACCGAGCAAGCUAUCCUUGAGAAUACUAUCACGACUGUGGAAUCUCUGCUAAAGGAUCUCCGUCAAAGUUCCUCUCUUGAAAAUGGCCUUCCUCUUCGACAGAGUCCUGCAAAAAAGAAGCUCAAAGUUACAGAGGUAGACUACCACAAGGUGAAACAUAAGACACUUCCCAAACGCAGACGACACAGCAAGAAAAGGAAGGACAGGGGCGUGGCUGUAGACUUGACAAGGGCUGAGGGCAAUUCCAAAGACAGUGCCGUGGAAUUAGAAGAGGUUGGUAUAAUUCGUUGUCUUCUCACAACGAUUGAAAGAACUGUUUAUGUCAACGUGUAAAAUGUUUAUCUUGUAUGUGCCAAUGUUUUAUUUGCAGGUUGACUCGAUAUGUGAUGUGUCUCUUGAUGACGAUAAUGAACUUGAACUGUGUAAUGAUGCGGAUAACGACAUGGAUAAUGAUGAGCUAACUGGCACAAUUCACAAGAGUUCUGCUCGUAUCUCACCAAGGUAUAAUUCUAUCGAAUGUAGUAAUACAGAACAGUGAUCAUAACUCUUCGAAUAUUCUAUCAGUUAAGUUGGGAACGAUUUAUCAACCUUUUAGACUAUUCUUUUGAUCUACUGUUGUGGUGUAUAUACAGGCCUUCUCAGCUAGGAGAGUCAGAAGUACAGUUGUGUGACGCAGAGACGAGAGUUAAGACCUUGCAAGUCAACACUGGUAUACGCGAUUCCGUACUGGAAGAAGGGCCAUUCAAAGUAACCGUUUCUGACUUGCUAGCCACUCUUCCUCCUAGCACUUUAUCUGCAAAAGAAACACAGAAAAUUAAAGAGGAGAUCCCUAGUUUUGUAGAUGGAUGGUUAACUGAUACGGUGAGCAGUACUAUUUUCCAGUAACUAUUUGAAAGAUUAAUUUUGUAUAUCUUCAGUUGUUAAAUUCGUUGUGCUUCUCUUUGUAGAUCGUUGAUGCUACACUGUGGAAACUAACAAAACUCGACCAAGAAAUCUUUGCUGCUGACAGUACCCUUUGUCAGUUGGUGAAACAUGGGGCAAGUACCCGUAGAUUGCGGAUGGGCGAGAGGUUCCAUGGAAUUGAAAAAAUUGUUAUUCCAAUGAAUAUCACUGGACAUCACUGGACAUUACUGGUAAGUCGAGGAUGCUAUUCAUACUGUAAAUUUUUUUUUUUAUAAAAUAGUCAUCUCUAAAAUUUGUAUUAUAUUCUUUAGAUAAAUUGAACAUUGUACACAUGACUCAGGACUUCGUUUUGACGACAUAAAAUAAAUGUGUUCAAAGAUUUUAGAUAACAAGGAAUCUAUCCGUGUCUACACUGAUCCUAUUCAUGGAAACAAA